AUGCUAGUUGAGAUCAUGCUGAAGGUCCUUGGGAGGAUGUUUGUAUAUUGGCCACCUCAAGGAAAGGCUCUAGCCAAAGAUCCUGCUGAAGUGAUUCCGAAAGCUGUUUUGCGUAUGCUGCCCAGAAACAAACUACGUGAUGCUAAGAAGGAGAAGACUAGGAUUAUAUUUGGUGAUCGGCCACUUGAACCUUAUCUGAUGCCUCCGAGAAGUGUACGGGAAAUGAGACCACAAGCAUGGCGUGCCAUGAUUCGAGCACAGAAGAAGGGUGAACAGCAACAACAUAAUGCUGAUGGAAAGAAAAAAAAAAUGGAGAAACCCAGGAAGAAAGUGCUUGAAGAUACAAUUUUGCUCAAGGAAGAUGGUGCAGAUCCUACAGUGUCAUUGAAUUGUGUUUGCAAACUUUUACUUUACAACAGCUUCAUGGUUCAACCUUCGCGGUUCAGGGUUUCCUGUUCAAGUUUAUGUGCUAAGAGGUUAGGGUUUACUAUUCAAGAUCAUGGGUUAAGGAUUUAG